AGUACCGUUAGGAAAACAAAAAUAUGUGUCGGCAUGAAAAAUCGGCAUAUUGACCGUUGGUGCUUGCCAAGCUUCGUUGAUCGAUCAAAAAGCCGACCAUAAGGUGAAGAUACCCUUGAAACGGUUUUCGAUGUUGGAUAGGGAUGGAAGUAUCAGGUGUUUUGGGUGAAGGAAGCAGAGGUCGGGACAGAUUGGGAUGUGGACCAAUGAGGGCGCACGCAAAACGGACUAACCUAACCGGCCGGAUACUCGACUUUCCACCUCAAACCACAGUCGAACGACGUCUUCGUUUACCAUCGCGAAGUCUCGAUCUCCUCCUCCACUCCCAUCCCACCUUAAUUCAUCCUCAAUCCCGAGGCAUUGCAUCUCUCGUUCACGGAGAGUGUGUUUGAUUUUUAAUUGGUCUUUUUUAGUCGCGCGCACGAUCUCCCACACAAUGUUCCUUCAGUCCGUCUCUCGGGCUGCUGCUCGCAGCUCGGCCAUGCCAACCACUGCCAUUCGUUCCUACCGCACCGUCUCGGGCCCAAUGGCUUGCCUGAAUGCCCGCCCUCAGCCUGCGAAGAAGUCUGUCGCUCCCCAGCAGACCCGCGCCGCAUCCGAGCACGCCAUCUCGAAUCCCACACUCGCCGGUAUCGAGAAGCGCUGGGAGGCCAUGCCCCCUCAGGAGCAGGCCGAUCUGUGGAUGCAGCUCAGGGACCGCAUGAAGGUUGACUGGCACCAGAUGACCCUUCAGGAGAAGAAGGCUGCUUACUGGAUUGCCUUUGGUCCUCAUGGUCCUCGCGCGCAGGCCCCUAAGGGAGAGGGUCUCAGAAUUGCCGUCAAGGUCGCCCAGCUCACUGCUGUCUCCGUUGCCCUGUUCUACGUCAUUCACUUGUUCGCUAAGCCCCAGCCUAAGACCAUGUCCAAGGAAUGGCAGGAGGCUUCCAACGAGUAUGCCAAGGCCGAGAAGAUCAACCCUAUCUACGGUAUCAGCGCCGAGGGUUACGAGGGUAAGGGCUUCGUCCAGAGCCCUCCUCUUGAGAAGUCAUAGAUUGUGGGCCAGUGAUGCGGGAGGAACAGGUAUAGCAAUUGGACAAGCUGGAUAGGAUGUGCUGUGGGUUCUCUCGGUACCCAUCGCCGUCCUCCCUCCGUUUUCUGAUCCCGCCGGUUCUGUGCCUAUCAUCAUGUGCACUUCCCUUCGCCUCUGUCUUAUUUGUUUUGCCCAAUGUCAGCCCAAAAGACUUGUAUCUCGUACUGUGCCAUAAUCAAUGUAUCUCCUUUGUAGCCAUAGAGUCUUGUACUACUGCGACUGGUAGCUAACAUCUAGGGCCUAUGAUUUGUAGAUUAAUACCUAGCGAUGAUCA